GAGCAUAGAGACGAACUCGUUGCUAAGAGACCAAUUGAUUUAAUUUGUGAACUCCCGCCACAGCAUGUAUCUCCUGACUAAGUCAUGAGAUUACAGGAAGAGGAGGCCCACGAGUCCCUGUUUGAAACACUGCAGCAGGUCGCAGCUAGAAUAAUCCAGAAAGCCUGGAGAAGAUAUGUGUGCAAAGAGGUUUACAAGUAUUCCAAGUCACUGAUAAGCCAAUACCGCCAACAGGAUCCCAAGACAGCCCUGAGAGCCAUCAAUCCUCGAGAGGCAGAGCUGCUGGAUGCUUCUGCUGGGGUGUUCAUAAGAUUUCGACUUGGAGGGGCCAGUUUUCCUCCUAAUAUCUACUACAAGAUCUUUACCUAUCGACCUAUUGCGGAUUUAUGUGCAAGCAGCCCAAGGGACUACACAAAUAAGGGGAGAAAGAAAACCAACAGUGGCUGGGCUCAUAAACAGGACCGAUCUGGUUGGUACCAGCGAAGGGAGAACAACAGCUGGAGGCUGUACUGUUCCAAGGUGGUGUGCACAGACAAACUUGCAGAAAUUGGUGCUGACAAAAAAACUGACUUCCAUUAUUCAAGGCUGCAGCGGACGCAGGAUGUGGCCAAGUGGAGGAAAAGAAGGAAAAUUGGGUGGCUGAAAAAGAUGUACGACCAAGGCCGCCAUGCAGAACAAAGACAUCUGGAGACUCUGGAAAACUUGACUCAGAAAGUGAUGGAGACCUUUGAGGUAAAAAGUGAAGAUGAAAUACUGGACUGGGAGCUAGAUGAACUCUUGGCCUGGACUGACACCCUCAACUUUGAUGAGUAUAUACAGGAGUGGAAGCAGCUAGCAUGUAGUUUCUCAUCAGAGUGGAGCAAAAAUUUUCACUGAAGUCCACUCGUGUUAGAGCCAUGUGAUCUGGUUCAAGAAAGUGAUUAUGUGGAACGGAAUAAACUCUUCAAUGUAAAAACUA